AUGGAUGUCAACCACCUCUAUACCUACAGAUUUUCCUAUCACUCCAACCUUGCCCUCGACUGCGCUCGCCGUUCCGUUGUCCACAGCUUACGUGCACAUCAGUUCCUCACUCGUGUAUCUAAUGCAGCCCUACAAUUACAGAAUAUCGUGCGCCGAUUGCAGGCCGAGUCGUCUUCGAACCGGCCGCGGCUGCUGGCGCUGUGCGUGGCCGUCGCCUGCGGCACCUGCUUCCUGGCGGCGCAGCUGCUCGUGCCGCCGCCGCCGCCCGCGACGAGUUGGGCCGCGCGGCAGCUGUACGCCGCUGCAGCGGCGCCGCCGCCCGCCCCAGCAGCAGCAGCGGCGGCGGCCGAUUCAGAAUUACGGCGGCGCCUGCCGCAGUGCGUCAUCAUCGGCGCUCGCAAGUGCGGCACGCGGGCCCUCCUCGAGUUCCUGGCGCUGCACCCGUCCGUGCAGAAGGCGCCCGACGAGGUGCACUUCUUCGACGACGACGAACGGUAUGCCCUAGGCCUGGACUGGUACCGGCGCCGGAUGCCGGCGUCGCGCGCCGACCAGCUCACCGUGGAGAAGUCGCCCGCGUACUUCGUCACCGAGGCGGCGCCCGGUCGCGUCUGGGCCAUGAACGCCUCGCUGCUGCUGCUGCUCAUAGUGCGGGACCCCGUGGUGCGCCUGGUGUCCGACUACGCCCAGCUGGCCGCCAACCGGCGCCAGCUGCAGCGCGAGGACGCGCCGCCCUUCGAGCGGCUCAUCCUGCUCCCCGACGGCGCCGUGAACGCCGAGUACCGGCCCGUGCGCACCAGCAUGUACGCGGUGCACGUGCGCCGGUGGCUGUCGCACUUCCCGCGACGCCAGCUGCACGUGGUCGACGGCGACCGGCUGGUGCGCGACCCGCUGCGGGAGCUGCGCCGCGUCGAGGCCUUCUUGGCGCUGCCGGCGCUCAUCCCGAGCGGCGCGCUGUACUUCAACCGCACCAAGGGCUUCUACUGCCUGCGGCCGCGGCCCAACGACACCCGCUGCCUCAACGACAGCAAGGGCCGCCGGCACCCGCACGUGCCGGGGCCCGUGGUGAGUCGGCUGCGCCAGUUCUUCGCGCCCUUCAACCGGGAGUUCUACCACCUCAUGGGCAGAGACUUUGGCUGGCCCGAACAGUGACUCGACGCCCGCAUGCCGAUGCGGGACUUACGUUUGUUCCUUUGCAGAGGACUCUUAUCCCGAAAAAGGAGAGCAUGCAAAGAUGCUUUCUUUAUGGCGACUGAAGUAGUCCUCACACUGUUCAAGCGAGCACCGACUUGUCGUAUACGCGCAUGUCUGAUUUAGCAUCACGUUUGCCGCCCUUUAUUACAAGGCAGAGACGGGAGGCCGCUCCUUGCCAGGACUGUAGUUAAUGGCAAGGCCUCCUAAAGACAGCUUGGCAUUUUGCCCAAGAGUUCGGUAGUGAGAGGCAGUUCAUUGUCAGUCUAUACAUUUACAGAGUUCGCUCACGUCUCUUACAACAGUCGUUGCGGUUUAUGUAUGAGGUAGAAAGAAAGCGCCUCCUCCUCCACACCACUCAACAAGUAAAUCAGUGAGGCUUCGAGUGCAUUCUGAUGAGCAAGCGAUCGAAGAAUCCUGCACUAAUCACUGCUGUUAUGGACGCCUUACUGCAGCAGUCGGCUCGUUUCGGCGAGGGCUACGCAUGUGGGUGGUUUCUCGGCGGCACUGAUUAGAGCAUGCUCACCAGGGGUCGCUGACACAACGUUAAUUAACGCGUUACCCUUGGCAGCGAACUCCGUUCCAAUCCGCUGUUAGAGGAUGCAGUGUUCCUAAUCAACGCGACCACUGUCUCAAUGACCGAAAUCUGAAGAUUAUUUCUCCACAUUAUAUCGUACUGAUCCUGAAUUAUAUCCGCAUUGUAUCGUAUUGAUUCUGAUGACGGAACGGAACGGGACUUUUCGCUGGGACAUUGCUGGUUCACGAAAUCGCUGACAAAUUCGGGACAUUUAUUUGCUAUCCUGCUUGGAAAUACUUCGGAGGCCGUUUCACACGUCGGUAGUCUUUGCUCUUGAACGCAGUGUUUGGCGACCUGAUGCGUAUGGCAUGUCGGUGAUGGCCAGACUUCUUCUUAGCUCUUGCUUGAUGACCACGAAGUCGUGGACUGAACUGAAAGCCGGGCUAGUUGCUAAACGUUUGCAAUUGUGACCAAUGUGCCAAAACACGAAGCCAGAAAAGCAAACGACCGCCUUUUUUUUUUUUCUGCUUCGUAUUUCAGUGCGUUGGUCGUAACUGUAAACUGCGGCCAUGAAAACAAAAAUUAAGAUAGAGAUGAGAUUAGAACAUUUUUAUGGAGCGGUACGUUUCAUUUAUUCCUUUGAGACCACGGUAUCGGCGCGGGCUCACCGAGUAGCAACAUGUGCGUUUCUUUCGUUCGUUUGGGUGUCACAUUAGCAGUGGCGUAGUCAGGUACACCGGGUGCAUGCCUCCCCCCCCCCCCCCCCCACCCAGUCGGAAUUUCUGUGUUAGCAUGUGGUCUUCCCAGUUUCCCUAUCCCUUCACUCCCCAUCACGCUGAGUCGUGCUCCUUAAAAGGCUGCAGAAAAUAGCGCCUCUUCCUCUUCACAAUCACAGUUUUUGCCCCUCCUCCCGAAAGAAAAUUUCCGGCUACGCCACUGCACCUUAGGCAAUCUAUCUAGUACGGGUUUCGCUUCGAUCCUGCCUUGUGCCGCAGUUCAUAGAAUGGUGUCAUGCAGUGUCGAAGGUCGACCGGCGUUUGUUCGACGUUCUGAAAGUGGCCGCGGCAAGAUGUUUCAAGACAAGCACAUUUCUCCUACUGCGGAUGACAAUCAGCGUCACCGGCAGUCUUUUUCUCAGACAAGUCUCCAUUGAACUUUGGUUCGGUUCCGGAGAGCCGCUGUCAUGCAUAUUGAGGAUAAAUGACAAUCAACUAAAAAUAGAGACAAAAGGGGAGGAAAGACAGGGAGGCUAUAGUCAUGCAGUGUAAGUGCAGGCUGGCUACCCUGUGCUGGGCAAAGGGAAUAAAAGGUGAAAUAAUCAACUCAAGGUCGCUAAAGAGUGUGUAGCAUGCCAGAGUACUGUGCCAGUAUGUGCAAUGACUCUUCAGCAACUGGAGUCGCGAAACGUCUCAUUUCGAACUCUCGCUUCGAAAUCUUUGUUGAAGUUCAUAUUCAGUUUGGAAACUCCACGUAGACCGAUUUAUUAUCAGCAUGCUGAACGGCCCAAAACUGUGAAGCAAUGCGGAUUUGUUAACAUAUAUAAGCUGGUAAUCCAUUGAUAAUUUUGGUGUCAGAUUAUUGGUCCAUUCCAGCUCACAAGUACACAACUUAUCUAUCCCGAAACUUUGAUGGCGGGAGUUGGCAGAGUUUGAAAUCCGUUACAGAAGUACUCUGUUUCGGAAUAGUCGAGGUUCAUACUGAACAAGUGUAGCGCACUACGUAAUGUACAAGGGCGUAAAGAAAGACUACGCGAUCUCCUGUUUUUUCUUGCUGCCCUUCUUGUAUAGUGUAUUCGCGCAGUGUGUUACUUGUCGAGUUUGAAAUCAUCGCGGAUGAACGGUUGUGUGCGGGAAUAGACUAACUUCAUGUUCGAUAGUUUUUCAUAGUUCGGUAGCGUCUGCCGAAGUAGCGAAUACACAUUCGACUAGGUCCGAACGUUCUAAGUUUAUAGUGUCUAGUCUAUAUUAUUGACCUUUAUUUUCGUUUUGAAGCACGAAAUUCGUUGGCUGUUAGCGGUGACGCAGCCAUCAAGCGUCGCUUCCAUCGCAUCGGGAGCAAACCGUACACAUGAAAAAUUAUCAGGUUGUACGCGCCAAAACCAAGAGACGAGGCACGCCGUAAUGCGAGCACUCCGGAUUAACUCCGACCACCUCUUUGUAACGUGCACCCAUUGGGCGGUGCCCGUAUAUACACGGCCGUCGUUGCAUUUCGCCUCAUCGAAAUGCGGCCGGGAUGCGAACCAGCGACUUCGGGCAACGCCAAAGCCAUGCACUGCGUCACCACGUCUGCUGCAGUUACACACUGGGCACUGUACGGGACGAAUUAGGAGCGGCGUUUCGCAACGCUGGGAAAGCUCCGCGACUGACGUUUCCAAGCGAGCUAUGCCGAGCCUUUUUUCGGCGCGUUCCGAGACAAUCACUUGCACACAUAUUACUUCUGCCAGGCUGUCGACAAUAAUUGUUCGCCUUAUCGUGGCAUUUUCUGAAACUCUUGACGCGUGUAUGUCAUGCAUACUUUACACUCACAUAGGUCACUUUUCGGACGUUCUCGAGACAAUCACGAACCUCAAAAGGAGGUUGACAAGGGUAUGUGUUGUUGUUAUACAUAUAUAUAUAUAUAUUACAUAUCCUGUAGCUUUUUGAGAGUUUCUUCGAGGCAUGUUGAAAGACGGCACACAUCUUGCUGCGUUUCUGAGACAAUCAUCCACUCUGUGAAUAUCUGCGGGAAGACAAUCUGUGUUAUCUUUACAACCCGUAUACAUCGUUCUUGAGAGCCUUGAGAAGUGCGACAUUUACACGCGGAACUCUUAACACCCAAACUGGUGCAACACCUUGCUGCUUCGCACUUUUUGUCCUCGCUAUAGCACUUUGGACAAACAGUGCUGGUAUAAAUUUGGCUCAGGUGGCGCUGAGAACACUUACAGACCGUUUGCAGUGACGUCAUUCAUGCAGGACCACGAUGCUGGUGCAUCACGAAUAGGGCAAUACUUCGUGAGUAAUCUUACAUUUCUUAGGCUGCGCCAUAUGACGACAGCUGUCACUAUUGUUGUGAGCACUUCGCUUCCUUGUUGCCGCUUGUGCUCUGCUGUCACGGACGAACGCUCAGACGCCUAUGCAGGAAGGCACCGCGGACAGGCAGCAGAAAAGCGUCCACGUUUUGGGAUGAUGGUUGACUUGUGAAAAAAGCAAGCCACCCCUUGCAUACGAAAAAAAAAAAGAAGACACGAAAUUUUCCGGUUCUCCCUAAACUAGCGCAUUAUAAGCUGCGUCGCAAGCGCUCUGUCGGACGUUCAUAUAAAGGAAGCAACCGAAUUGUCAAAAGUGCAUUCAUUCAUAAUUCGUUAAACUUUCCUUAAUUCCUUAGAGCAGGCGUUCCCAAACUUCCUGGCCUCGGGGGAUCCCGCCUGCUUUCCUAUACAGGGUAAGAUUCGUUCUUGCCGCUGGCGGAACCAUAACGUGCCGUUCGCUGAACCCAACGUGGGAACCGCUGCUACAGAGUGUCACGUGUAUUGUUGUUGCCCCUACACUGCAGCGUAUUGCUUGGUUGUUCGUAUGCUAUUAGGAAUUUAAUAUGCCUUCCGAAAAAGAAUUAUUUGCAACCACAGCAUGAAAAUUUAAAAUAUUGCCAAAUUUUAUGUAAAGCUUGUCAAUAAAUUUUGAUCGUGCAAUGUUUGUAAUCGGCGUAUCGCCACUUUGAUAUUAUUAUUAUUAUCCGUGCAGCACAACCUCUCACCUUUACGGCGAAAUGGAAAGCCUACAACGGCAUGCAUGCACGACGCCACGUGCGAGCAGUCCAGUUUUCUUAUUGUUCGAGCAGGCCACAGCUGAAUUGCGUCCGCGGACGUCCUUCGCUCAGCCGCACUGCAAAACAUUCCGUGCACUUUCCCGCACUGCGCAAUGUCACGGACGGCGGUGUUCGCGAGAAGACGUAUCUUUUGCCCCUGUGUGUCGUUGCACCAGUUUGGAAUCGUUGACGUAUACAGCGCAGGCCUUUGCGCGCGGCAAGACAAUCACUGUUCGGCCUGUGUAUGCUGUGCUGUAAGAAUGCUGACUGUGUGCUCCCCAUUCGUGGCGCAAUAAAAGAGCCAGCUCCCAUACUGGCACCAAGAA